CUUGGUGGAUCUGUAAGUAUUGGAGGUGCACUUCCAAAAUAUGAUGGUGGUUUUGUGAAAGUGGUUCGUAAUGCGUUGUUUGAUGUUAUUAAAGCAUCAUAUUGAGGUAUUUGGUUUUAUGAACUGGGAAGAUAUUACUGUGUACUCUAUUACUGAUGCUGGAUUGAAGGAGUUAGUCGGUGAUAGUGAUGCUUGGGAGUUGGUUGGAGUAGAUAACUUACCUUCUAUAAUUGAAAAAUGGGUGGUCACAGCUCGAGUAACAGGAGACACUGCUGGGGAGCAAACUGCUGAUGAGUAUGGUGAUGAUGAAGAGGUAGAUGAUGAAGUAGAUGAUUCUGAAUCAGAUGUUGAUGAGGAGUUUGAAGAGAUAGAUGAUGAAGUAGAUGAUUUCCUUUUUUAUUCUAAUGUGGACAACACAUUAGAAUUUGGUGGGGUAGGCAAUCAAGAAUCCGAUGUGUUACAAGAAAACAAAAGAGGUGUUGAAGAACUACCAUUCUUUGGAAGUGAUGAAGAUACGUUGUCAAAGGGUGACGGAAAUGAUAAGGUGCGCCUCCCUGUCUUCAAAGCAAAAAGGGACUUAAAGAACUCACACUUCUCGGUUGGUUUAUUAUUUCCCAGGAAGUUUGGAGGGACAAUGCUAGUUGCAAAUGGAGUGGACACUAAUGAGAAUAUCUUUCCAUUUGCAUAUGCCAUUGUGGAGGCUGAGAACAAAGAAUCUUGGACAUGGUUUCUAGACCUUCUCACAUUUGAUUUAGAGCUAAAUGAUUCUAAGGAACCAACUUUUACAUUCAUGUCAGAAGGGAACUUCAAAAAUGCUAGGUAUUCAGGAGAGGCAUUGAAAGACCUCUUAUGGGAGGCUGCUAAGGCAACUACAGUGUCUCUAUAUGAGGAGGUUAUGAGGAAAAUAAAUGAUGAAGAUGUUGAAGCGUGUGAUUGGUUGGUUGGUAAACAGGCUUCAGAGUGGUCCAGAUCCCAUUUUCACAUUGCACCCAAGAGUGAUAUCCUCACCAACAAUAUUUGUGAGUCCUACAAUAGAGUUUUAAAAGAAGCUAGGUCUCAAACCCUCAUUAGGUGCCUAGAAAGCAUAAGGGAAAUGCUUAUGAAAAGAUUCUUUGAUCUGAGGGAAAAGGCUGAGAACUGGAAGGGUUUGUUGUGUCCCACAGUAGCCUCCAAAGUUGCCAUAAAUUCAAAACUAGUUGGUGGGUAUACUGCAAUUCAAAGUGACAUAUCCGUAUUUGAAGUUAAGGGAUAUAGGGCAAAAAAUUGGGAACAACAUGGAGUAGAUUUGGUUGAAAGGAGUUGUACAUGCAAUGUUUGGCAGUUGACUGGGAUACCUUGCGCACAUGCUAUAUGCGCAAUAUGGAUACAGAGACAACAGCACAGAAAAGAGGUUGAGGAGUAUGUAGAUGAGUACUAUUUUGUUCAAACAUAUAAAGAGGUUUAUAAAGGAUGCAUUAAACCACUAAGGGGAAGAAGUGAGUGGCCUGAUGAUGAAAGGCAGCCUUUGAACCCUCCUUUAUUGGCACCAAAGCCAGGUAGACCAAAGAAGAAAAGAAAGAAAGGUGUGGGUGAGCUUACUAAAGAUGGUAAGAAGCUGUCCUGUGUGUUUACUAAUAGAAGGUGUGGUAAGUGCAAAAAGUCUGCAGCAAAACAGAAGAAAUCACAUAGAAAACUUCUAAAGAGAAGGAUGUUAAGGGCUGCUCGAAAAUCAGGUCAAGAGGAAGCUGCAUCUAAUAGUGUCAAUCAGACAGAAAUAUCAUGUCAAGAAACCACAGAACCAUGGUGGGCUGAUUUGCCAGUUGAACCAGACAUAUGCUCUGAAAAUCUCAGCUUCAUCCCAACACCAACAACUCAAGAUAAUGAAAAGCAAGAUGGGAACAAUGGCAUAUAUGUGUUUCAUUCCAACACCAACUACUGUAAAUAAUCCCCCAAGAGAAACCCCAUAGUGAAAUCCCCCAUCACCCAAGUGUCUGCUGCUCCUAUUUCUUCAAAGAGACAGAAUAGGGAGGUUGUGAGGCCUAGAAGAACACCAUAUCUCACUAGGUCGACUCUAAAGACAAGGU